GCCCAGAAAUUAUCAUCUCCUUCAAUCCAAACCCAGACAAUUGAGGCGGUCAUCAAAUUGUGAUAUCACAACAAAUAAAGGAUGAGGUGGUGCAGUGAGGCUAUCUCAGUGUCGGGUGCACAUGCUCUCGCUCCUGCAUCCUUACUCUGCAACACAAGUUCGGUGUUUCAAUUCCAAAAGUCUUUCUUGAAAUUAAAAUUCAAUAACACCUUUUCUUCUAGCUCUCUCACCCAUCGGAAGCCGUUGGCUGCUCAAGCACAAGCGUCAAUUCCAAGGGAUGAUUUUGAUUUUGUGGUCGUUAAUUUCUACCAUUUUGUGUUCAUCAAAGACCCACAAGAAGAAGUCGCCAAACACCUCUCUUUCUUGGAAUUGGAGAAGGAAGUAUUGCUGGUGCGAAAUCAGUUUCUUCAGGAAUGCUUUCACAAUGUGUGGAUGAUCCGUUAUGUUGUCAGUUGUAAUGACAAGGGGCUAGACAUCCAUGGAAGAGUCUAUUUGAAUGAACAAGGGAUCAAUGCGCAGUAUAGUGGGCCAUCAAAAGAUGCUCUGGCGUAUGUCAACUGGAUAAAAGAGGACGACAGGUUUUCUUCCAUCCUGAUUCAGAUAUCUCCAUCAGAAAUUGGACAUGCCUUUCCAACAUUGAAGUUGCGGUAUAAGCCUUCAUUAGUACAGUUUAAAGGUCGCAUAUCGCAUCUUCCAUUGCUCGAUCCUUCAAUGCGAGCAUUGCCUUUAACACCUUCAGAAUGGAGAGAUAGAUUAGAAGCUAUCAAUAAAAAUGAUCUGCAAUCAAAAGAUUAUCCUAACAGGAAUUACAUUCUAUUGGAUGUGAGAAAUGGAUAUGAGUGGGACAUUGGACAUUUUCGUGGAGCUCAACGGCCUAAUGUGGACUGCUUUAGGAGCACUUCAUUUGGACUGUCUCAGGGAGAGACGACUUCUUCAGAUCCUUUAUCAAAUGUUGAUAAAGAAAAUGCAAACAUAUUGAUGUAUUGUACAGGAGGGAUUCGCUGUGAUGUGUAUUCUACAAUACUAAGGCAGCAUGGAUUUCAGAAUUUGUAUACCUUGAAGGGAGGUGUUUCUCACUAUAUAAAGAAUGAAGGUCCUGCAGAAUGGGUUGGAAAUUUAUUUGUAUUUGACUCUCGAUUGUCUCUUCCUCCUCCUGUUUACUAUCCUCAGGCCACAGCUGAAGGUGGGACGACUCUGGUUUCUGGAGAUGGUAAGUUCGCAAAAUGCUACACAUGUAAUGCGGGAGUCAGUGAACUGAGACAUCGGAAUUGUGCGAAUCUUGACUGUAAUUUGCUUUUUCUAUGCUGCAGAAAAUGUGUAAAAGAUCUAAGAGGAUGUUGUUGUUUGACUUGCACUACUGCUACUCGACUUAGACCUAUUUUAAAUGGGGACCAGAGAUACAGAAAAUGGCACACCUAUCGUGACUUGGAUUUGCAAGGCAACAUAAAAAUUUCAACUUCAUCGCCCGUAUUAACGACACCACAAAUUCAUCUUAAAUAAUGGAUGCUGGUACAAUGAAUCUACCAAUUAUUUUGUCUUGAAAGAAGUUUGUACUAUGUGAUUUGUGUGCAGCUGACAUACUUUCUACAAAGAAGUUUGAACAUAUUGUGGGGAAGAUGGGAAUGGUUUGUGGAUAUGCUGAUGUUUGAAAGGGUUGUGUUGUUGCCACAUACUAGGGUUAACAUGUGCUUGAGAAUACGGGGCGUUAGCGAUUUCACGGUGGUUUUCACCUAUGGUGAGACUAAAGUUACAAAUUAGAGCUUCUAGUUUUCACAAUAAAAACUGCAUUGGAACGCAACAAUUGACAAGCCACUGCUUUUCCCAACAUAAACGUGACUGUGGUGAUGUCUUGAAGUGCUGGCAGACUAGAAUUCAUGUGAUUACGAUGUUGUUUCAAGGAGGAAAACCAAGAGAUUUAUUAUCAAAACACAACUUUUAAUGAAUAGUAAAUUCUAACCGUGCAUAAUUCAAUAAUUUUCUAUGAUUUUAUUUUCUUGUAUAUCGCACUCGGCACAAGUCCAGUUAUUAUAUAAAUAUUGAGUGCACAGUUUCCAUUUGA